UAAUUGUAUUUGAUAACCGUGGAAUUGGUGAAUCCACUGUCGCCUCUUAUGAUGAUCCUAUAACAAUUGAACUAAUGGCUCAAGACACAAUUAAAUUAAUUAAACAUCUUGGAAUUAAAAGAUAG